AUGUCGGCCGGCGGCUUGGGCUCUGUGACCGUUUCCACGGUUACCAGGUCCAACUACAGCUCCUCGGCAGGGGCGGGUUCAGGAGGCGUGAAGAGGGGCAGGGCACAGGGGUCUGCAUCCUCUGCUGUCAGCUUCUCCCCCACCCCCACGGAGAGAAAGAGCAUGACCACCACCAUGACCGCCCGCUCCAUGGGCUACGAAGGAAGAUCCAAUGGAAACUCAUCUCCGGAAUACACAAGGAGAGAAUAUGCUGCCAGUACACCCACCAGAGGGCGGAGCCACAGUAGAGAGAAUGAGAUCAGAUGCAGACUGCAGAGUGCCUCUCCCACAGCCAAAAGAUGGACGGAGCUGGAAGACGUGAAGCGGCUGCUGAAGGGGAGUCGCUCCUGCAGCAUCAGCCCACCUCGCUCCCCCACCAGCACCCUCCCUAUCCCCAGGAAGGCCCGCGUAGAGACCAGAACCAUGCCAAACAGCUCCCAGUCAGGCCAGUACGACAGUGCCACCCUGGACUUAGGAAUGCCUUCCUACAUGUGGUCAGGCCCCACGGCUGGAGGCUAUGGUUACCACAGCAACGCCAUCAACCUGUCCCCCACCUCCACCCUCCAACACUCACCUAUCACACUCACAGGGCUUCAGAACAACCUGGCCCUCAGCUCUACAUCCAUGAACUCUGGACUCUCUGCCUCUAGCACUGUGGCGCCCAGCAGUCCCACCAGUGACGAGGCCAAAGAAUACAAAUUCAUGCUGCUGGAGAAAGAGAACGCUCCCGUCAAAAAGGAGACGGAGAGACUCGUCAUGGCCAAAGAUACCGGCAAACAGUUCUCCUCUGCUGCCACUGCUAUUGCCUAUUCUGAGGACUCACUGAAGAAGGAGAAGAAGAAGGUGUCCAGCUUUGUGGAGACAGCUACAGCCAGAACCACAGAAGCUAACGCUGGAUCCUUGACGAAAGUGUCAACGAAAGACAAAGCAACCUAUCCAGAGAUGCGUAAGGACGAGUCUGGAGGAGGUCUGGGCUUCUGGUCCUGCUGCUCCUGGUGGAAGUGGUUGCUGGGCCUCCUGCUGGGUCUUCUGCUCCUCCUGGGGCUCCUCCUGGGACUCAUCGCCCUGGCCGAAGAAGUCAGACGUCUUAAAGCUCGUGUGGAUGCCUUGGAACAAGCCUCCAGCUCUUCCUCAACCUCCUCUACCUCCUCUACCACACUGCUCCGCUCUGAUAAUGGUAUCAAUCUGGGAGUGGCAGCAGGAGCAGGUCCAGGAUCAGCUAAUGGACGAGGCCAAGACUCUGUAGCUCUGCAAAGGGCGGUACAGCAGAUAGUCAGGACUGAGCUGCAGUCCGCUACUGUACGAGCAACACUUGCACACUCAAUGAAAGGAGCGAGAGGAGAGCCUGGGACCAAAGGUGACCAAGGUGGUCCAGGAGUCAAAGGUGAUAAUGGAUUCCCUGGCCUACCAGGUCCUCCAGGUCAGAUGGGCCACAGUGGACAGGAGGGCACGAGGGGACCUAAAGGAAAUGCAGGUGAAGCUGGUGCAGAGGGCUCCCCAGGCCAGAGGGGCCGAGAAGGACCAACGGGAUCACGUGGAGAGCCUGGUCCUCCAGGGUUUGGAGAGAAAGGGGACAAAGGUUCUCCUGGUGAACCCGGAGGCCCCGGACCUGCUGGCACUGCUGGGCCUGUUGGGCCUAAAGGAUCAGUGGGUGGUCAGGGUGCUACAGGUAUCCCAGGUGACCCAGGUCAAAAAGGACUUCCAGGACCAGACGGAACAAAGGGAUCCAAAGGACCCGCAGGUGCUCCCGGGGCUGACGGUGAAAAAGGCUCUAGAGGUGACAAGGGAUCGGAUGGAUUACCAGGUCCAAGAGGACCAGCAGGACCUCCAGGAGAUGCAGGCCUCCCAGGCAUUCCCGGGCUUCAAGGUCCACCAGGUAUACCAGGUAAUCCAGGUCAGCCUGGAGGUAAAGGUGAAGCUGGAGAACCUGGUAGAAUCAUCAAUGCAGGUAAUUCGGUUGCCAUCCCCGGACCUCCAGGCAUCCCCGGACACGCUGGUGUUGCCGGAUCCCCUGGACUCUCAGGUCCUGUUGGCCCUGCUGGUCUUCCUGGGACGCCUGGUCCCAGGGGAGAAAAGGGAGAGGAAGGAGAGAAGGGAGAUCAGGGAAAGCCUGGUAUUACUGACAUGCACCUGUGGCUAGUCUUCCUGGCCCACCUGGCCCUCCAGGGCCCCCAGGAGAACCAGGUAAGGGUCCCCCAGGUCCUGAAGGUCCUCAAGGAGAGCCAGGUGUACCAGGUGUUGGUGUGCCCGGCCCCCGAGGAGAUAAGGGAGAGCCAGGUAGCUUCGUGCCCAACUCAGGAACCUUCUUCGCUGGGCCACCAGGACCUGCUGGCCCAACUGGCCUUCCGGGAUCACCAGGUGACCCAGGUCAGCCCGGUUUACCAGGAGUUCCCGGAGAUCCCGGUGUCGGUGGGUUUCCCUGGACCCCAGGGACAACCUGGGGGUCCAGGACCAGAAGGGGACAGUGGACUUCCAGGUCCCCAAGGUCCAGAGGGCCCCGAGGGGCAACCGGGUCCAAAAGGUGAGGCUGGCGUUCCAGGUGCUCCAGGAAUCCCUGGCUACUCCAGUGGUGGAUCAUCCAGGAGUUCCCCUGGAGCGCCAGGUCCACCAGGACCUCCCGGGGCUCCCGGCCGCGAUGGGCCACCUGGGUCUGGGUCUGGAACACCGGACGUCCGCCAAUACAUCACAGAAUACCUCAAGAGCGAUGGCGUCAGGGAGUACAUGUCGGGACCUCCGGGUCCUCCCGGUGUACCGGGGCCCCCUGGUGGUGGAUCAGUGGAGUCCGUGGACGACCUUGCUAGUCGCGUCAUCGCAUACAUCCAGAGUGAGGAAGUGCGACGCUACGUCAUCGGUCCCCCUGGCCCUGCUGGUCCUCCUGGCAUCCCAGGGAUCCCAUGGAGAGGAGGCUAUGGCUUUAAUACCCAUGAGGUGGCUGGACGAGUCCUCAAUCUAAUGAAUGGUAAGGAAUCACUGUGUCACAGCCAUAUGCUGAAUACAGAGGCAUCUUGGGCGCUCAGGGGCCUCCUGGUCCACCUGGUGUUCCAGGCCCUGCUGGCCCUCAAGGCCCUGCCGGUCCUUCAGGACAGGCCCCCUACAGCGGCUCUGGAUACAGGCUGGAGGAGGUCAAGGACUACAUACAGAGUGAUGGUAUAA